UAACGGGAGACCGGACUAGUAAAGAUCAAUGGUUUGGAGCCAAUUUACUGCAUGUGGGAGUAUUUAUGGAGUGCCUAUUGCUGAUAUGAGACAACAUGCAAUACAUCCUUUACUAUUAGACGCGCAUGUCAAUCGACCUGUCGACCAUGACAACGAAAUUAGAAGCACAAAACAACAAAAACUUUUUAUCUGUUAGAAGUUUGUCCAAAAACAGAAACAAACAGAAUGGACGAAGAAAGUGUGGUGUGGGAAGACAGAAGUAUUAAAUUUGAUAUUCCACAGAUCUACACAAAACUGCGAGGAGGAGAAAUUCUUCAUGACGUGUUCGAUUACAUAGAAGAUACCAAGGGCAAUCCUAAUGAACGUGGGCGUAUAAUAGUCACAAAUUUACGUAUCAUCUGGUACGCACUGUUCAACUCAAAAUUGAAUUUAUCCAUCGGAUACAAUUGCUUCUUGACAAUGACCACGAAAACUGUAUUGUCUAAACUGAGAGGCACCACUCAGGCUCUGUACAUUUUAACAUCGAGCAAUAAUGCCCGUUUCGAGUUUGUAUUUACAAACAUGUCAUUGAACAGUGGUCGCCAUUUCACUUUAAUCUUCGACAUCUAUCGAUUGUAUCAACAGUCGUUUUUGUACCGUGAAUUGAAACUCCGAACAUCAAUUCUUCAAUCGAAGCAGCUGAAAAUCUUGCCACAAGAACAGGUUUACAGCACUUUGCCCGGCAUUUGGAAUUUGUCAUCGGAUCAAGGAAAUUUGGGAACAUUUGUGCUGACUAACAUUCGUUUAGUUUGGUAUGCAGACAUAAACGAGGCAUUCAAUAUCAGUUUGCCAUACAUGCAGAUGAGAAGUGUUCGCGUCAGAGAAUCGAAGUAUGGUCCAGCAUUGGUAGUGAAUACAUUGGAUUCAGCAGGAGGAUAUGUGCUCGGAUUUCGAAUUGAUCCAGCUGAACGUUUGCGACAAGUUUACAAAGAAAUGACUUCUCUUUUUGCUAUUUACAGUGCCGCACCAAUAUUUGGAGUGUUUUACGAACAGAAACAGGAAAAAAUCAAUCAAGAAGAUGAGCAAAUACGUAUCGACAGCAUUGAGGAAAUCGAUAACAGUAAAAGUGCAGAAAUCAACACGAAUUUCACAAAUUACUUGGCAGAUGAGUCAACAGGCGGUCAAAGAGAACCAUUCUACUGCAAACAAUUGGGAUUUGCGAUGGAGAAAAUUAGGGAUGGCUUUACUUUGAAGGAUCUUUGGGAAGUGAUUCCAUCGCAGUAAUGGUCAGUGGUCAUGAAGAGUAAUGGGACAUCAGAUGAUUUCAACUGAGAAUGAUUAGUUCACUUAAACAAACGUUUGAGACACACAAGAAAUAAAAUUUCUUGAGUGGCAAAA